CAAAACUUGGCGGAUAUAUAUAUGGUUGAGUUUAGUGGACAUCAUCAACCUCUGGACUUGCAAAUUCUAUGGUUCUUGUUUUUAUCAAACAUGGAGAGAGCAAUAAUAAUAUACUACGGGGUUCUGCUUUUAACUCUCUUAUGUGCCUCCUUUAUCUACGCACUUGUACCCAAUACCACUAAUAUUCCAGGUUUCAUAACCAUUGAUUGUGGAUCGAGCAAAGAAUACUUGGACGAAGAAACUGGAAUUUGGUACGAGACGGACAAAAGCUUAGUAGAAACAGGAAAGAAUUGGAAGGUUCCAGGGAGUUCAAAUUUAAACGAUCCAUACUUCGGAAAACCAUCAAGAACGGUGAGAUGCUUUCCGGAGGGAGUGAGAAACUGUUACACACUAAGAGCGCCACAACAACAGAGGUAUCUAAUUAGGGCUAUAUUCACAUAUGCCAACUACGACGCCAAAAAUCAAAGCAUGACAUUUGAUAUUCACCUUGGCGUGAAUUCAUGGGCCACAGUGAGUCUUGAUUCCAAUUUAUAUUGGUCCUUCACGGAAAUUAUAUACACUCACACCAGUGAUUCCAUACAAGUUUGUCUUGUAAAAACUGGCCAAUCAACUCCUUGCAUUUCUUCGUUGGAACUACGCCCUUUGAACACCUCUGUUUAUGCUCUCAACUCAACCACCAAUCCACAAUCAUUACUGUGCUAUCAAUCACGGAUUGAUGUUGCAUCACUUACCUCCCCUCAAUAUAUGAGGUACAGAGAUGAUGUUUAUGACCGGAUUUGGAGGUAUGAUCGCGACGUAGAUACUUGGCGAAGCUUGGUAUUAGAUGAUAACUCGACGGCCAUUGAUGUUGAUGCUUACAAGUUACCAUCCCAAGUAAUGAAAACUGCUGCGCAAUCACUGAAUAUGUCGCAUCCCUUAGAAUUGGGUCUCUCCACUUUGCUAAUAGAUCUUGAUGACGCUACAGAAUAUUAUGUGUACUUUCACUUUGUGGAAAUUCAGAAACUCACGGCUGGGAAAAAAAGAUUAAUUAACAUAGCCCUUAACUCGCAAAGCAUACUCUCACAACCCUUGGUUCUUGAAUACCUGAAACCAGUUACUGUUGGUUCUUCAUACACAGCACAAGUUAAUGCUACUUUUAGCAUUAGUGCAGCGUUAGGAUCGGAAGCUCCUCCUAUCCUCAACGCCUUUGAGGUCUAUAAGUUGAUCACGCAAAUUGAUUCUCCAACUGAUCCAAGAGAUGUUGGUGGUAUGAGGGACAUCAAAAGUGCGUACCAGAUAUCUAGGUUAAGUUGGCAAGGAGAUCCAUGUCUUCCAGAUCAAUUUGCAUGGGAGGGUCUCACUUGCAACUAUCAAACCAAUCCAAGGAUCACGUCAUUGAAUCUGAGCUCAAGCAAACUGAGAGGGAAGAUAAAUUCAUCAUUCUCAUAUCUCACGGAACUAGAAUACUUGGAUUUAUCUAAUAACGAAUUGGAAGGAUCUCUGCCUGAAUUUUUGGCAGACUUGUCAAGGUUAAAAGUUCUUAAUUUGACAGGAAACAACCUUUCGGGUUUAAUUCCUAAGGCUCUCCGAAAGAAGGUUGCAGAUGCAAGUUUGCAAUUAAGUGUUGGUGGUAAUCCAAAUCUCUGCGUAAAGGAUUCAUGCAACAAUAAGAAGUUUGUUACACCACUCAUGGCAUCUCUUGCAGCAGCUUUAAUUUUAAUCCUUUUGAUCGCUGGAUUUUGGAUAUUUCAAAGAAGACGAAAACAAAAAGAAGCACAUAUUAUUAAAGAGGGAGCAUCGUUGAAAUUAAAACAAGCAGCAUUCACUUACAAUGAGAUUCUCUCUAUCACUGAUAACUUCAAAACAAUGAUUGGAGAAGGAGGAUUUGGAAAAGUUUAUUUUGGCAUUUUACCGGAUCAUACUCAAGUUGCUAUCAAGUUGCUUUCUCCAUCAUCACGGCAAGGUUAUACGGAGUUUCAAUCAGAGGUACAUCUUCAUAGCCUUAUACGUCAUAGGAACUUAGUCUCUCUCGUUGGGUAUUGUGAUGAAGGAGAGAAUAAAGCAUUGAUUUAUGAAUAUAUGUCCAAUGGCAAUCUCCGGCAACAUUUGUCAAGGGAAAACCCAUAUGUGUUGAAUUGGAAUGAGAGACUCAACAUAGCAAUUGAUGCAGUGAAUGGACUAAAUUAUUUGCAUAAUGGUUGCAAUCCAUCAAUCGUACAUAGAGAUUUGAAGACUUCAAAUAUAUUGCUAGAUCAGUGGAAGCAUGCUAAGAUAGCUGAUUUUGGUCUAAGUAGAGCUUUUCGUAAUGAUAUUGAUUCUCACAUAUCAACUUGUCCUGCUGGUACCCCAGGUUAUAUUGAUCCAGAGUUUCAAAGGGUUGGAUGUUUGAAUAAGAAAAGCGAUAUUUACAGCACUGGCAUCAUUCUGCUUGAGUUGAUAAGCGGCCGACCUGCAAUAUCAAGAGAAGCCAAAGGAGAAGCCAUUCACAUACUUGAAUGGGUUAGGCCCAUAUUUGAAAGAGGUGAUGAUGAUGACAUUCAAAACAUUGUUGAUUCAAGGUUGUUGCAAGGAGAGUUCAACGUUGAUUCCGCAAGAAAAGUUGUACAGAUUGCAGUGUCUUGCGCUUCACCAACUGCAGCUGAAAGACCAGACAUAAAUCAAGUCCUUGUAGAGCUGAAGGAAUGCUUAUCUUUUGAUACGCCUGAGGUGUCCGUACACAUUGAAACUGACUGUUCUUUGAUCUCCGGUAGAUAGCUACCAUGUAAUAGCUAACAAUCUUCUCUAAUAUAAGUAAUCUAAA